GCUAGACCGGACCGGGUCGCGGGUCAUCCCUCCAUUUCUUUUCCUACCAUUUUCCAUUGACACCUCUGUUAUUAUUUAUUAAAUAACAAACCCAACAUUACGUACUUUACAGACAUUCAUACCUUACCAUUAGCGAAUUAGUCUCGUAUUUGCCCUUGACUUUAAUGGAGCUCAGUUAGGGUCAACGACAAAUACGAAACUGCUAAUGGCAGGUAUGACCAAAGUAUAAUAUUAAAGAUAUUUCGUGCAGUCGAGGGGUAUAAAAUGAUAAUUACCUAGUCUGUUAGCUGAACGUACUACGUAAUAGCUCUUAUUCCAUAAAGCUGUUGUAUUUAUGCCAGGGGAAGUUGCAACAGCUAGAGGUGCUGCAGCAUGUAAUGUUAUCAUGGGAUUGUCAUUUACGGCCACAUGCACCAUUGAGGAGGUUGCUUCAAGCUGCAACGCUGUUCGCUUCUUCCAAACAUAUGUUUACAAAAGGAGAGAUAUAACCGAACUUAUGGUACACAAAGCUGAGAGCAAUGGAUUCAGGGCUAUAAUUCUCACUGCUGAUACUCCGAGGCUUGGCAGAAGGGAGGCUGAUAUAAAGAAUAAGUUGAUGAUUUCACCUCGGUUGAGGAACUUUGAAGGUCUUAUAACAACUGAAGUAGUUUCUGAUAAGGGCUCAAAUCUUGAAGCAUACGCUGCAGGAACUCUUGAUCCUUCGCUUUGCUGGAAGGAUAUAGCAUGGUUAAAAUCAAUUACCAAUUUGCCAAUUCUGAUUAAGGGCGUUCUCACUGGUGAAGAUGCAAUAAAAGCAGUUGAAGCAGGAGUUGCAGGAAUUAUUGUCUCUAACCAUGGAGCUCGGCAACUAGAUUAUACUCCAGCUACUAUUUCUGUUCUUGAAGAGGUGGUCAAUGCUGUUCAAGGCAAAGUUCCAGUUCUUCUUGAUGGAGGAAUUAGGCGAGGAACAGACAUAUUCAAGGCCUUAGCACUUGGCGCAAAAGCUAUUCUGAUUGGUCGACCGGUUGUCUACGGCCUGGCCACUAAGGGGGAGUCUGGUGUAAAGCAAGUUAUUGAAAUGCUGAAGAAUGAACUUGAGCAGACCAUGGCUCUUGCUGGCUGCUGCAAUGUGAAUGACAUUACCAGAAGCCAUGUUAAGACAGAGAAAGAAAGGUUGCUAUGUAGGAUGUAGUUUCCAUCCUCUGUUUCUCAAAUGAGUUUAAGUUCUAUGCACUGAUGAUGUAAAAAAAUAUUUAUAUAAUCAGGUCACCUUAAAGUAAUUGCAGGCAAGUCUUAUUUAAGGAGCAUUGAUUGGUAACCUAUAAUAAGCUGUCAUAUUUCCAUGGACCUAUAAUAAGCUGGCAUAUCUCCCUUUUGCUUA